AUUUUCGUUUAAGUUUGUUAUUAUUUUAAGAAAAUAAAACUAUUAUAUAAAGAGAAGCAGUCCAAAGCUUUAUAGACAACUCAAGUUUCUUACACAAAAGCAACUCGACGAUCAAGCAUCAAAUCUAUGGCUCCUUCUGCGCAACCUCUUACUACAAGUGUUCCAGAUGAGAAAUACGCAAAUGUGAAGUGGGAAGAUUUAGGAUUCGGGUUCGUUCGUACGGACAAUAUGUAUGUUGCAAAGUGCAAACAUGGAGAGAAUUUCCAAGAGGGAAGUAUUGUUCCUUUUGCCGAUUUCCAUAUCAGCCCUUGCGCUGCAGUUCUUCAUUAUGGCCAGGGUUUAUAUGAAGGGCUAAAGGCUUACAGGACAGAAGAUGGCCGGAUUAUUAUAUUCCGACCAGACCAAAACGGUCUCCGCCUUCAAGCUGGAGCCGACAGGCUUUGUAUGCCUUAUCCUUCGGUCGAUCAAUUCGUCUCCGCCAUCAAACAAGUUGUUCUUGCCAACAAGAAAUGGAUUCCUCCUCCGGGGAAAGGAACAUUGUAUAUCAGACCAAUCUUGUUUGGGAGUGGUCCUAUACUUGGCUCAUUUCCAGUUCCUGAGUACACCUUCCUAGUGUUUGCCUGUCCCGUUGGACGUUAUCACAAGGAUAACUCGGGUUUGAACCUGAAAAUUGAAGAUAAAGUUCGUCGCGCUUUCCCAAGUGGAACCGGUGGUGUGAAGAGUAUCACAAACUAUUGUCCUGUUUGGAAAACAUUGGCAGAGGCGAAAGCACAGGGUUUCUCUGAUGUUUUGUUUUUGGAUGCUGCAACUGGCAAAAACGUGGAAGAGCUUUUCGCUUCUAACAUUUUCAUAGUCAAGGGAAAUGUCGUGUCGACUCCACAAAUUUCAGGAACUAUUUUGCCUGGUGUCACACGAAAAAGUAUUAUCGAAUUAACUCGUGAUUUCGGCUACAAGGUUGAGGAACGUGUUAUUCCCGUUGAGGAUCUUCUCGACUCGGAAGAAGUUUUCUGCACUGGCACUGCUGCAAUUGUGACAACUAUUGCGUCCGUAACAUUCAAAGACAAAAAGUCUAGUUUCAAAACAGGGGAAAAAUCAUUGGCUGCAAAGCUCUUUGCGACGUUAACGGAUAUCCAGAUGGGUCGGGUCGAGGAUACGAAGGGAUGGACGGUGGAGAUUGACCGGUCCCACCAGGGUUGAAACUUUGAACCUGUAAUUUGACAAAUUAUAUAAACAGAAGUUAAGAAACAUCUGAAGAUGUCUCUCUCGUAUCUUUGUGUUAAUCGUAAUAUGUCAUUGUCGUUGUGAUGUAUUUUUCAAAAGUUGUUGGUAAGUUGGUAACAUUAUGUAAGUUUAUUAUUAUAAAGUAAAAGACAAAGAAAAUAUUAUAAAUUAAAUAAAACUCAUAUGGCUGAAUUAUCGUUAGCCUUUGUGUA